AUGGAAGUGUACAGGAAACGAAGCGAACCAGGCUUUUAUAGUUCAGACACCGCCUCCCCCGGCUUCUCUGACCUCUGCGUUGUAACUGUCGGUUACACUGAUUUAAAUCAAAACACUAUGUUUAUUUCGAUAACAUUGAUGUGCAGUACAGUCAACUUUCCUUGUGUUUCUAAGGUCAUGGAUUCUGCUGUAGGCUGCGUUUGUCUGUACUAUAAAAGCAAGAUUCACUUCGAUUUCUCAUCAGUUCCAGUAAAAAUGGCUUUGAAGGUUGCCGUUCUGUCUGUCCUCGUGGUCGGAAUCUUUGGCAGCUCUCUGCCAUCUUACAGCGCCCCGGCACGGUCCUAUAAUGCCCCUGCUCCUACAGGACCAGCCCAGUACGACUUCAACUACGCAGUGAAUCAUGAUUACUCGAGUAACGACUUCGGCCACCAAGAGAAUCGAAAUGGAUACGACACUCAAGGAGCUUACUUUGUACUGCUUCCCGACGGCCGUGUACAGAGGGUGUCGUACACCGUGAACGGCGACGCUGGAUACGUGGCCCAAGUUACGUACGAGGGAGAGGCCCAAUACGGCGCCCCAAGACCUUCCACUUCCUACCAGCCUGCUCCUGCUUACGCUUAAACCUACGGAUUUGUAUAUUCUAUAUUUUGCAGAAAUAAGAUUACAACUAUUUAAUGGAAUUACAAUAAA